AUGGCGCCUGGCCACGCCGAUGCACCCCCGGCGCAGCCUGCCCCGGCCUCCAGCUGCAAGCUCAUGCCCCUCAAGUACGAGACGUGCGACGUCAAGGACCUGGGUGUCUUGAUCUCCGACAUGCUCAUGGAACUCGUGCGACUGAACGAUGGCCUUCCGUUGCAGGACGGCCAAUUGACGCGUUUCCACUCGAGGGCACCUCCCAGCAUCUCCGUCAAGGAUUACUUGAACCGUCUAAUCGUACACGCGACGCUCUCCCCGCCCAUAUUGCUUUCCAUGGUUUAUUACAUCGACCGCCUGUGCCUAUUGUACCCAGCCUUCACCAUCAGCAGCCUCACCGUUCAUCGUUUCCUCAUCGCAGCAGCCACGGUAGCCUCCAAAGGGCUCAGCGACAGCUUCUGGACCAACAACACGUACGCUCGAGUCGGUGGUGUCAGCACGAGAGAAUUGGCAUUGCUAGAAAUGGAGUUCCUCGUGCGGUUAGAGUGGAAGAUCGUACCGAAGCCCGAAGUGCUGGUGGACUACUAUAGGAGCCUGGUCGAAAGAAGCGAAGGAUACGUUCUAGAAGCCGACACGCCUGCAUGA